AUGAAUUCUCCGCCCUCACUUUUGCCCCAUUCUUCGCCCAAUCCCGUCGACAAGCAUCCCAACCCCUCAGAACCUCCUGAAUCGGAGGUUCCCGAUCCUAAGCGGCUUGCACCAGCAGAUGCAUAUUUCGCCCUCUCGCUCUCCCGGGCGCGGUCGGCUCCGGCAAAUUACGAUGAUAAUCCUCGGCCUCUAGAUAGUGACCGUAUCUCUGUUGGGAUGUUGCGGCCUCCCCGUGGGGUACUCGGAGUGGAUCCGAAUCGGAAGGACGUACAAAAGUUGGGAGUUGGGCGGAGGAGACGAAAAGGGGCUUGGAAGAAAUUGCUUUGGGUCAAACAAAGUUAUCCAGACAACUACACCGAUACUGAGACAUUCUUGGAUCAUCUCCAACGAAACCCCCGAGUACGGCCUUAUGAUUUUUGGCCACUUGUCGCUGACUCGACAGUCAUCGUGCAACAUGUCUGUUCCGUCGUCAUCUUCGUGUGCUGCUUUGUUGGGAUUGUGCAGGAUCGGGUGAAUCCUGUUUCGAUUGUGUGCUGGGGUAGUGUCGGUACAGCUGUCGGUUGGAUCCUCUGGGAUAAUUGGAUCUGGAAAGAGCAUGCCAAUUUGCCACAUGGUGGAAAUGGCGCAAUUGCCGACGAUGACUCCAGUUCAAGUUCCACGGCGAGUGCUGCCAAUGCUCCCACUGAGAAUCAGUCCAAUAGUACCAAGACGAGCCAAAUUCACGGACUUGGUUUGACCAUGGCGGUGCAGGAUUCAAAAGAGCAGACACAAAAUGGGGGUUCUAAUAUCAAUGGCAGCAUGAACAGCGCAACAAAUCCCAGUUUACGUCGUGCUGAGAACGCAUCUAUCUCAACUAAACCUCAGGCGGACGACCAGGACGUUGACCGUUCAUCCCUCUUUUCCUCUCGCAACCGCCAGCGCCUUUCAACGGUCAAAUCGGCCAUCUUAAUUUACUUCGCUCUGCUGGGACUGAGUCCUAUCCUAAAAUCUCUUACUAAAUCCACCGCCAGCGACUCUAUCUGGGCGAUGAGCUGCUGGCUUCUCAUAAUGAACAUAUUCUCCUUCGACUACGGAAGCGGCGAAGGCUCGGGUGCUACUACCAGAUUUCCCGCUUCACUAUCUACCAACGCUGCUGUGAUGGCAUCUACGGUGCUUGCAUCUCGAUUACCAUCGACCACUCACGUGUUCAGUCUCAUGCUGUUUUCCAUGGAGGUAUUUGGUCUGUUCCCCAUCUUCCGUCGGCAACUGCGGCAGAAAUCAUGGACUGGCCAUGUCUGUCUCACCCUCUUCCUGGUCAUUGUUGCAGGUGGAGCUGUGGGCAUGACACUGAGUGGUGGAUGGGCGUCUGCCAUCAUUGGGUCUGUCCUGGGCAGUAUCAUGACUGCAUUUGCAAUGGGUGGCUGUAGCUGGUGGCUUAUCAGCCUGCAAAAGUACAAGAAUGUUGUCAUUGGUCCCUGGGAUCCAGCGCGUCCGAUUAUUCGACGACACUGGACCUGA